UCAAAACUGUGGAUGUCUAUACAUAUGCUUGAGAAUCUGAUAAUACUUAAACAACCCAAAUACAAGAGGUUCUCUAAUUCAGAAUUAGAGAUUCAAACACAAGAGGAUCUAUUAUGUUAUAUUUAUUCAUGGAGAAGCUCAUUAUGAAUCAGCCACUAAAGUCCUCGUGCUGCAGUUGCAUUUGUACCAUUAUCGCUGGAAUUUAAAUGUACUUGUGGGUUGUUGUGGUUAUGCUUUGGGGGCUUUGCUACAGAGCACAUUGAUUAUGUGUGGAAGCUCUCUGGUGGUGUCAAUAAGUUAUAAUGCUACUUCCUAGCUUUGCAUGCAAAGGAACUUCAUUAGGUGAAUUUUUGAAAUGGAGCUCACACCGGUAGCAUUAAAUACUUAAGAAUUUUGGGGUUGAGUUCUCUAGACUCAUCUUUGACUCGUAUUAUAUUGUUCCAAUCACUUUUAGUGUUUGAUGACUGGUUCUUUUGACCGGGAGUUUGUGAUGGAUCCUCCUGCUAUGUGGGGAAUUUCUUCAGUGCAAGUCCAUAUCCUAGUUCAUGGUGUUUUUGCAAAGGAGCUUCCUUCGCUUAACUUCAGAACUGGAGCUCUCAGUCUUAUCAUAGCACCGGUUUACGUGCAGUGGUCUAUCCGCAGAGCCAGGAGUUUCCCAUGGCAGAAUGAUUUGUUUGAAGAGAGCCUUAGAGCUGCAGGGAUAUCAGGGAUAGAAAUUGGCACAAGGUUAUAUGUUUCCAAUUUGGAUUAUGGAGUGACUAAUGAAGAUAUAAGGGAACUUUUCUCGGAGAUUGGGGAACUGAAACGUUAUGCAGUUCAUUAUGACAAAAAUGGUCGCCCAACUGGCUCGGCUGAAGUUGUGUAUACCAGAAGAAGUGAUGCAUUUGCAGCUCUUAAGCGGUAUAAUAAUGUUCUCUUGGACGGAAAGCCCAUGAGGAUUGAAAUUGUAGGUGCGAAUCCAGGAAUGCCUGUCUCAGCUCGUGUGAAUGUCUCUGGAGCAAACGGAACGAGGAAGAGGACAGUUGUUAUGACGCCUGGAGCUGGCCCAAGUGGAGUCUUUGCUGCCGGUCAACGAGGCGCCAGUCGGAGCCGUCGUGGUGGUAUGAUUGGCCGUGGCCGUGCCCGAGGUCGAGGCGGAAGCGGAGGCGGAGGUGGAGGUGGAGGUGGAGGUGGAGGUGGAGGUGGAGGUGGAGGCAGAGGCAGAGGCGGAGGUGGAGGCCGUGGCCGUGGCCAAGGCCGCGGCCGUGAAAAGAACCAUCCUGUUGAGAUGUCUGUGGACGAUCUUAAUCUGGACCUGGAUAACUAUCAUGCUGAAGCCAAGCACCCUUGAGUUUCAAGCUGUGGAACUGCUUAGGGAACUGCUCUGGUUCAGGAAUUAAACCUUUAGUAGUCAACAUUAGCCAUGUCAGCUGUACAAAUUGGUUAUUUCUUUGGUGGCUUGUAUCUGUUUUUGUUUAAUGCUUAGAUUGCAAGCUUGCACCAGCGCUGAUGAAGCUGUUGGAUGAUUCUCUAAACUUAGUUUUCUUUGCAAAAUUUUAUUUUUAUUUUUUAUGCUUCAA